AUGGCCGGGCGAACUUCCUGCGCCGCUGCUGCGGCGGCCCUGUGGCUCCUUUGGGCCCAGCUUGCUGCUGCUGCUGCUCCCGAGCAGCAGCAGCAGCAGCAGCAAUUGAUGCCGGCAGCAGCAGCAGCAGAGGCGGCGCCACGGCACGAGCACCUCGCGCUGGUUCCUGUCGCUGCUGCAGCAGCUCCUGCAGCAGCAGCUCCUGGUGCAGCAGCAGCAACUGGAUCAACGCCAGCAGCAGCAGCAGCAGCAGCAGCAGCAGCAGCGCCCCCCGAGCGAGCCUGGGACCUGCAUGUUGGAGACACUUUUGCAACAGUUUGGAGACAGGUGGAGGCCUUUUACGCGGAGCCAAAAGCAGCAGCAGCAGCAGCAGCAGCAGCAAAACAGGGGGCCCAAAGCAGCAGCAAAAGAGAAAAAGCAGCAAAAACAACAGACAAAAAUACAAGAGCAAAAAAACGCCCUUCUUUCCCGCUGCGCCUCUUCAAGGGUUUUCCCCGCAGGGGGGCCCUCAAGAAGGGCCCCAAGGGGGGCCCCCAGGGGCCCCAGGGGGCCCCCUCGGGGGCCCCUCCAGAAGACUCUGAAGGAGAGACUGCAGAGGGAUCCCCCCAGGGGGCCCCCCAGGGGGCCCCCCCCGAGGGGGGCCCCACCUCUGGGGGCCCCCAGGGGCCCCCCAAGCCCCCCAGGGCUUCUGCUGCUGAGACCCCACAGCAGCAAUCCCAAAGAAAGUCUUUUAUUAAUUCGCGGCUGCAGCAGCUAAUGGAAUCCAUUGACAUUUGGGCUGCUGCUGUUGAGGAGGCCCAAAAUGCCCAAGACUCAGGGGGCCCCCCUGGGGGGCCCCCCGGGGGGGCCCCCGAGGGGGACCCCGGGGGGGGCCCCGGGGGGGCCCCCGGGGGGGCCCCCUCUGCUGCAGUGGAAGCAGCAAGGAAGCAAGCCUUGGAGGCCCUCGCGGAGGCCCAAGAGGCCCUUCAAAUGGGGCCCCAGGAGUUCACUGAGGCCUUUUAUAGGGCCCACCCCCCGAGGGGGCCCCUGGUCCGGAUGGGGGGCCCCCCGGGGGGGGAGCCCCCCGGGGGGGCCCCCCUGAAGCCCCUGGGGCCGCUGGAAGCUGCUGCGCUGCAGCGAACUGCAGCAGAAGCAGCAGCGCUGCAAAGUGCUGCUGAGGGCAAGUCUAUUAGCCCCGAAGUGCUGCAGCAGCUGGAGAAGGAAAGAGCAGCAGCAGUUUUGGCCCUGGAGACUGCAGCAGCAGCAACUCGGCGGAGGGCACAGGCCUACCUGCAGGUGCUGCAGGAGACUGCAGCAGCAGCAGCAGCAACUCUCGACCAGCAGCAAAUGAAAGAAAUCAACAGAGCAGCAGCAAAGUGGCAGCGCAGAAAGAGAAGGGCUGAAGAGGCCCUCAAAAAGCUCAGCGACGCCGUACGCAGGCAGCCCCGAGCAGCAGCAGCAGCAGCAGCAGCAGCAGCAGCAGCAGGGGAGGGGGGGCAGCAGAGCGCUGCAGCGGCCGAGGAGCGCCCAGCAGCAGCAGCGGAAGAGGGGGACCAGCCCGCCGCAGCAGGAGAAGACCACCCCGCAGCAGCAGCAGCAGCAGCAGCAGAGCCUCCCCACUAUCCUGCAGCAGCAGCAGAGGGCGCCCCUGCUGCUGCUGCUCCCGCGUCUCCGCUGGGAUCGUCUGCUGGAGACGAUCCCAGCAAAGCCGAUCCCGAUCCCCAGGGGGGCCCCCCUAAAACCCCCCUCCAGCGCAGCCAGCUGCUGCUGCAGGUGGGGCCCCCGGGGGCCCCCCGCAAGGGCCCCCGCCCCCUGGGAUCGUCUGGGAUCGUCUCUGUGGGGUCUCCAGGGGCCUCCCCAGAGGUCUCCCGAAGGGUCCUGGGGGCCCCCCCGCAGCCCUCCCCCAGGGGGGGCCCCCAGGGGGCCCCCACAGUAAGGGCCCCCAUCCCUAUAGGGGCCCCCCUGGGGGCCCCCCAGGGGGGCCUCCACGGGGCCCCCCAGGGGGGCCCCCUGGGGGCCCCCUCGGGGUUUCAAAUUGAACCCAGGGGGGCCGAGGCGGCCCUAAGAUUGGACUUGGGACUUGAGGGGGAACUGCCUGUGGGCCCUGUGCAGCCAGCAGCAGCAGCAGCAGGAGCAGCAGCAGCAGCAGCAGGUGCAGCAGCAGCAGAAAGGCACACGUCCUACGGCGGGGCAAAGACACACAGACCCACAGACCUCAGGCUGCUUCAAAGAGACUGA